AUACCCCUCAGGAUCUAGCGCCUCCCGAUGGCUUUUGGUCAUAGCUUGUGCUCAAACAAGUGAAAUUUUAUCGCUUUAUAUCUCCUUCUAGUCGACUUUGGACGUACUUAGUGAUGCAUUUCUUCAGUCGGUCACUUAUUUUGGUCGUCGUUCUGUCGUUACUACGCAUCACAGAGGGGCAGAAUAAGGUGAAACUAAAAGAUGUGAGUACACUAACGCUUCACAGUGGGAGGAUGACAACAGGUCGUCGAACAAGCCCUGUGCCUCAGCUUAAAUGUAUUGGCGGCAGCGCCGGAUGUACAAAUACACCACACGUAGUGCAGUGCUACAACAGGGGUACCGACGGCAGUGAUGUGCAGUGGGAAUGUAAAGCUGAAAUGAGCAAAGCUCAACGCUUUGGAACCGUGGAAGUUUUCUGCGAAGGCUACGACUACCCGGAUGACCCUUACGUUCUGCAAGGCUCAUGCGGUCUGGAAUACACAUUAGAUCUGACUGGACACCAGGAUGCGUACGACAAGCAGAGCAGUUACAGCCACUACACGAAGCCCAAACAUAAAGGAUCGUCCUUCGAAAACCUUUUGUACAUAGGUGUCUCCGUAUUUAUAUUCUACGUCAUAUACAAGUCGUGCAUGUCAAGUGGUCGCCGUGACGCUACGGGGACUGGUUUCACCGCUGAUUACCCAGAUGACCCGCAUGCCCCCAGUGCUCCUGGCUGGGGUGGAGGUGGUGGUUUCUAUGGGGGUGGAGGGCCGCCACCCCCUGGCUUCAGGCCCGACCUUGGAAUGGAUGGUGGUUGUGGUGCAAGACCUCGUGGUAUGGGAAUGGGCGGUUAUGGAGGCUCAGGGCUCGGGGGAGGUGGCUUUUGGACUGGAGCUGCAACAGGAGGGUUCUUGGGAUAUUUAUUAGGGAACAGAGGAGGAGGCACAGGUACCACCGGUGCAUGGGGGUACCCACAGGAAGGUAUGCGAGGUAGUUCUUACGGCUUCUCUACAUCAAGUGGGUCGGCGUCAUCAUCAGGCGGAGCACACUCGUCUUCUGGAUUUGGUGGAACAAGGAGACGAUAAGGAGAUCACUAGAAGCAAACACCAAAGAUUACUGCGAACAAGACUUUCCCGCUGUCACAAGUUGUCAUACAGACAGUUAUCAUCCGGCGUAAUGUCAUGGCACCGAUUUUUUUAUAUAAAUAUCCUAUAAUAACAAAA